AUUUUGAGAAUCCAGCAAUCACACGAUUACCAUUCCCAAAGCUUCAACUCUAGGGCCUGACGUAUUUGACAUGGAUAAGCCUGUAGUUUUUAAAUACGAAGAUAUUUUUUCCUCAACUGAUGGUUUCUCUGAUUCAAAUCUACUUGGGCAUGGAACAUAUGGUUCUGUUUAUUAUAGCCUCCUUCUCGACCAGGAAGUUGCUAUUAAAAGAAUGACAGCUACUAAAACAAAAGAAUUUAUGUCAGAGAUGAAAGUUUUGUGCAAGGUUCAUCAUGCUAAUCUGGUAGAGUUGAUUGGCUAUGCAGCUAGUCAUGAGGAGCUUUUCCUAGUUUAUGAAUAUGCUCAGAAGGUCCCCCAAACAAAAGAUAUUGAAAAGAGUAAAAUAUAA